GACUCUCCGGAUUCAUCAGACUCCAGCAUGAGGAGGCAGCAGGCUGGUGGAGACGCGCUCUGAUCCGAGGCUGUCACACAGACCCAUAACAAUCACUCUCCAUCUCUCCAGAGGUUCGGACACUCCGAGCGGAGCCAGGAUCCGGAUCAAGUUUGACUUUCUUUUUGUUUACCUGCUACAGCGGAGGAGACAGGAAACUUCAGCCGCUCCCAGGAGCUCAAGUCUGGAAUUUACGCACGACUGGUGCGCACAGGGCCGACUUUCGGGGAGAGUUAUGGAGGGACUAGGAAUCUGAGACCGACCAAAGUAAUUCACUUUCCUGUACAUCGCGUCAACAUCAGGUUUCUCACCAUGUUCCAGCACAGCAGCAGCAGCAGCGGCGGCGGCAAGAAAUGCUUCACCAUAGAGUCUCUGGUGGGGAAAGAUGCCAGCAGCCACAGCGGAGGCAGCUCCGGGGAUGAACCCAUCCGGCCCACUGCGCUCCGCUUCCCGGACUCUUUGCACCCCGCUUCAGCCACCGGGGUCUUCGGUUCCUGCUUCCAGGGGGGGAGCGGGAGGACUUUGUUUUCUACCGGGCCGGACAUGAUGCUGCAGGAGACCGGGGGGCACGCGCAGAGCCCCGGUGGGCUGCCGCUGCACCCGCUGCAGAUCUCACCGCAGAGUUUCUUCAGCCCGCAGCACCGGGACGCGCUGAGCUUCUACCCCUGGGUGCUGCGGAGCCGCUUCCUGGGACACCGCUUCCAGGGAGACGACAGCAGUCCAGAGAACCUGUUGCUUCAUGGUCCGUUUUCCAGGAAACCCAAACGGAUUCGGACGGCCUUCUCCCCUUCUCAGCUGCUGCGCCUGGAGCGUGCGUUUGAGAAGAACCAUUACGUGGUCGGAACGGAGAGGAAGCAGCUGGCGAGUGGGCUGUGCUUGACAGAGACACAGGUGAAGGUGUGGUUUCAAAACCGCAGGACGAAGCACAAGCGUCAGAAGUUGGAGGAAGAGUCUCCCGAAGCUCAGCAGAAGAGGAAGGGCAGCCAACAUGUCAGCCGCUGGAGAGUUGCAACGCAGCAGCCUGGCAGUGAGGAUGUGGAUGUCAUCAGCAACGAUUAGACUGCAUCUGCCACUUCACAGUCUCACACACAAACAUAUAUGAAAGACAAAAGGGACACUGGAAGAUCAGACAGGACCAGACGAUUGCAUCCAGGAUUUCCUUUACAUCUAAAGCACAGUUCAAGACAAACAUGACUGAGCAGCCACUGUGCAUAUCCUGAGUUUAUAGGAGUUUCCCCGUCAGCAUCCACUGAAGCUGCUGCAAGCUUGAUUUGUAGUAAAGUUCUGACACAGGUUUUCAAAUCUCUUGGCCUCUGGUUGUCCAAAAAUUUCUCACAUUAUGAUGAAUCUUUGUCCUUUCUGUUUGUUCCAAUAAAUAUUAGGGCUUAAAAUAUUUCUAUGUGUUUCAGCACUGAAUCUUAUUGCUUAGUUUCAAACCAUUUCAGCCUGCAAAGCAGAAUUUUCUCAGUUGUUUAUAAUCUUAUUUAAAAUUCACCAACAAAUUCUGCCUUAAUGAGCACAAAAAGAGAAAAGUUUUUUUUUUUUACAUAAUUCACUUUGCCAUUCUGCUCUGUAACAUGUAGGUGUUUUAACAGUCUCAUUGGUCCAACCUGACAGUCAUUUUAGGAUGAUUAUAAAACUAAGCAAGCCUCUUAUUGUAUGUUUCUGCUUGGGGAAAUUAACACACAAAUGUCGAUUUAUAAAAGAUGCGUUCAGAAUGUUACAUUUUAUUUGACAAAAUAGGAAAAGAAAAACACAAAAUAAAUGGAAUAAGCCAAUUCUUUGGCAGGCACAGUGGCUGCUAUAAAUUUAAUCCAAAACAAAAUUUUGCAUUAUGAUCAGAACCUUUACAAUGCAUCGUCUUAGAGACACACACAUUGCAGAGUAAAACUGGGCACAUGUAUGAACACACACAAACAUGUAAGCUGACAGCUUUUAUUUCUGUAGACUGAUUGACGGACAACAGACCUUCCUGUUCUGGACAAUGAACAAGAACAGAAGAUUGUUUUUCAUUGGGAAAAAGAAACGUCUCUGUCAGAUUUGGACUGACAAGGUUCUGAUGCUUCCAAGAGGUAGAAGAAACUAAAAAAGCUGAUUCUGGUUCUGGGUCCAAACAAAGACAUUUUCCAGAAAAUUAAACAAAAAGACAUCUGCUGGGCUGCAGGUGUCUGAGAGAGGAAUUCUGAGAGACACGGUGUUCUUGCAGCAGAAAGGAAGAAACCUUCUGGGACCUUGUUACAAAAACAUUUGUCUGUGAAAUUAUUUACAGAAUGAAGAUUUGGGGGAAUAAAUAACUGCUUCCAGAAUCAAACCUAUUGCUCUGCUCUCAAUUUUCAUUCAGGAAUAGAGGUUAUUAUCUGCAGUUCAUUUGAGCUUUUUCUCAAAACGUAUACAGAAAUAAAUCAGCUAAAAGAUUUUGCGAGUUCAUUUUUUCUUAUCCUGUUUUCUCAUUUGCUGUUGAAAAAGAGCCAGUGACCCUACAAUGAUGGAAUGUGGACGGUCUUUGCAGGGUCUUGGGCAGGUCUUUAGGGGGUUCUUAUGUAGCAGUGGGCUUCCUCAUUAGACAUGCAAAAGCAUGAACAUUUCCUGAGGGUUUAAGAGGAUGCACAAAAACUUGCCAAGUUGGUUUAUGAAUGUGAUGACAGCCCAUGGGAUUCAGGAUAGAUGGGAUUCACAUGUGCUGUCUGUACUGCCCUAACAGGUUGGCGAGAUCAUUGUAGGAGAGUGAUGUUUAUCUAUACUGCAUGAUGAGCUCCCAGAAGGGGAUCUUAAGUACGACUUAGUCCAUAGUUAAGAGAGAGCCUCCUCUCACAUUGAUAGGAGGCUCUACAAAUUUACUGCAAUCCACCCAUGUUCAUUAGGCUAAAACAAAGCAUAAAAUGGUCUUCAUUUCAUAACAGAAGCUCAAAUGGAUCUGCAUAAUGGAAUUUGAGCAUCGCUGACGGAUGACAUUUUAAUAUAUUUCCCUCUAAAACCCCAAACUGGAGGAAUGUGGCAUCUCUUCUUAAUGCUGACUCAGUUGUUAAAUUUGAAAUGCAAAACAGGACCUGUGGGCAAAUCUCAGACCUUCUGUUGCAUCCUCAUCCUCACUUACUGCUCCAAGUUUCUUUACUGAUAAAUAACUUAACAGCUUUUGAUUACCGCAUUAAUUAAUGCAGCAACAAAAAUCUGGAAUUUUAAUUUUUGAGGUAAUCUGAUAUAAAUAAUACUACAAAAAAAACAAAAAAACAAACACAAACAAAAAAAAACAGUUAAACAGAAAAAUGCUACCUUUCCUUAUGAACAUAGCAGUUAUGGAAACCACCAGGAUCUCAGAUCAGUUUGUUUUAUAGGGGAGAAUAUUGGUAUUUAUGUAAAAAUGGAUAAAAAAA